GCCAAGUCGUGCAAGACCGUGACUGGUAGUGAUAGUCCCGCAACUCCUGUAACUCCAAGAGCUGACACCAUCUCAACUCCAACUCACGCGGAAGGUGUGGAGGGGGAGCUGAAAGCAAGUGGUGAGACUCCAAUGAUUCAGGCCUCUGGCUCUUCUUCAAGCUGUACACCACAUCAACAGACUUCGACGACACAAGAUGCUGAGGAUGAAGGUCAGAGUGAUGGUGGAGCUACACCAACACAGGAUGAAUCAGAAAUCCCUAACGAUGCUCCAUCGGUUACUAGUUGCUUUGCUUUCUCUCAAACAGGUUCAAUGAAGUUUCCUCCUCCGCCAGUGCAAAAAACGUCGACUGUGUCAGGCAAUCUGCUCCUUAAUAUUCCAAACAUGAGUCUACCACCCACCUUCAAUCCCCUGAACCAACCGCCUUGGCAUGUCGGACUCCCUCCCGGUCUCAACAACCUUGAUGGAGGACGGCCGCCUCAGCCAUUUUUUCUUGCCUUUCCCCCGUCAAUGCUCUCUAGGCCACCGAACUUCUCCAACAUUCCCACCAGUCAAGGGAACCAAUAA